AUGAACAAUCAACAGAGGAUAAAAGUUAGUGUUUACAGUUAUGAUCCAGAUGAUUUGAUUGGAUCAGGAUACAAAAGCCAAGUAUUCAAAGGUAGAAAUGAUAUGAAUGGAGAGAUUGUUGCUAUUAAAGUAUGUUAAUAAAUCAAAUUAAGGUUUGUGAUCACUCAAAAAUGUAACAUGAAAUAGAGAGACAACUAUUAUAAUAAGAAAUCACAGCUUUACAAGUUUUAGAUUCUUACAACAUUGUUAAAAUGCAUUGUUAUUGUCAAAAUACUAAUUUCACAUAUAUCAUAACUGAAUACUGCAAUUAGGGUAUAAUUUGUUUUUAUUUAUAUAGGUGAUUUAGCAGACUUAAUCAUUAAAAGAGGGUAUAUACCUGAGAAUGAAGCAGUCUUAAUCUUUUAUUAGAUUUUGACAGGAUUCAAAGAGUAAAUCUCAAAGGGUGUUAUUCAUAGAGAUUUAAAACCCUCAAAUAUUUUGAUAAGUAAAGGGAUUUAUAAGAUUGCUGAUUAUGGAUUUUCAAAAAUGGUCUAUUCUCCAAAAGAAAAAGUUUAUUAUAAUGUUGGUACAACUCUUUAUAUGCCUCCAUAAGCUUUGACUGAAAACAAAUAUUCAGAAAAAAGUGAUGUUUGGAGUUUGGGAGUGAUGUUCUAUUAAAUUUUGAGUGGUAUUAUAAUGUCUUUUAUAUUUUCUUAGGAAAAGUACCUUGGUAGGCAGGAACAGAAUAGGAAUUUGUUAAAGUAAUCACAACAACUCCAAUUCAAUUUUCAAGGAAUAUUAAGAUUUCAUCAACAGCAAAAGAUCUCAUCAUUAAAUGUUUAUAAUUAGAAGAGAAUAAAAGAUACAAUUGUAAUUAAUUAUUGGAACAUGAUUUAUUCAGAUGCUUUUAAGUAAGACCUUCUAGAAAAUCUGUAUAAUUUUCUCUUAAUAAUUCUCAAUUAGAUAAUUUAGAAAAUAGAGCAAAAACUAGCUAAUCUUAAUAACGUACUAAUCUUUAAGUUUAAAGACUUUAAAGUAGUAAAAAUCUCCCAGAGACAAGAUAAGAAUUAGUAAAUUAUGGUGAAGCAGUUUAAAAUAUUCUAAAUUUACUUAAAUUAAUUUUAAGAAUAGCUAAAAUUGUUGAUCAUUUUGAUUUUUUUAUUGAAGGAGGAUUAAAAGAAAAAUUAUUAUACUUUACUAUCAAACAUGCUAUUUUUAAAUCAAAAUAACUAAUAUUUAUUUUGAAUAAAAAUCAUUCUACUAUUGAUUAGACAAAGAAAAGUGAAUUCUUACAUUAAAGUAAUCUUAUGAAUGAUACAUUUAGAAUUUCAUUUAAUAAAUUGGUAAAUAAUUUUAUAUUAUAAUUUAGUGGGAUUCUAUUCAUAAAGAUGAGACUUUAUUAAAUGAAAUUCUUUAAGAUAAAAGAUUUGCAGCAGCAUUUGAUUAAAGUGACUUAGAAGUACAUAGUCAUUAUAUUUUAAUGCUUCCUUUAUUAAGAUGUUGCAUUACUUAUCUUUAGAAUUAAUUAAACUUAAAAUUGAUAAAUGUUAGAGAAUAGGAUUAAUUGGAUGGAGUAGAAGAAGGUGGCAUAUUACUUUUAACAUAUUUGGUAGUAUACUUAGAGAUAUGUAUGUAAGUAGUCUCAAAUUAUGAGAAAUCCAUAUUUUACUUGAAUGAAUUCAAAUUAAAAUUAGUCGUUGAAGAAAAACCUUAAAAUCUCACUAAACGAUAAUUCUUACAAAUAUGCUAAAAAAUUAAAUCGUUAUAGCUAAGUUAUCUUUAAUGA